AAACAGACUUGUUAUCACAGCAAUGCUCCUUCAUUCGAUAAAAAACGUCGAUGAAUAAGGAGGUUUAGUUCUAUAUAAUAGUGUCAUUUCUAUAUGUAUAGAGAAGUCACAGGCACAAGUUAGUAAACCUAUAAAAGUAAUUCAAUAACAAUGUUGGCUUUUAUAUUUAUUUGUAAUAUAACAUUUGCAUUGUGUGAUACUCUUACACCAAAUACAAACCAGAACUUUCUAGAUUAUCUAUACGACGGAAACUAUCAAGACAAAUUCUCUCAUCCACAAUACGACGCUGAUGUUAACACAACCAUCAUAUCUUCAAAACCCAUUGAAAAUUCGACAAUAGACGACGAACAAGCCAAAUUAGUGCGACACGAAUUAACAAAGUACGCCUUAAACCUUUUCAAAGUAGUGGCAAACCGGUCUUUCGUAGCAUCCAAAUUGGAUUUGAAAAGAGAUUUGAAUUACACAGAAGGUAAUGUCAACGAAUUCGUAAUUAAAUGGUAUUUGAAAGAAAUAAACAUGAGUAGAGGUGAUAUAUUUUUUACUAAGGGCAAUAGUUCCGAAGAAGUUCGAGGUAAGGAAUUGAAUAAUUUAAUAAUUGAUCUGUUAAAUAAAAAGUUAACGGGUAAGACGGGUAAAAUACCUGAAGAUGCUCGAUCUCCGAUAGAUGAAACACUAAGGAACUUAGACAAAGAAAACUACGAAGAAAGAAUAAGAAAGAUAGAAGAAGAAAAAACAAACAGAGAGAGAUUAAGAAAGAUAGAAGAAGAGAGGUUAAAUAGGGAAAGAAUUAUGAACUUACAAAAGGAGAAUAUAAAUAAGGAAAUAGAUAAACAAAAGAUAGAUAUUACUAAAUUGAAUACAACUAACUGGGAGUAUCUAAUGCUUAAAAAAAUCAAGGAGAAUUACAAGAAUAAGAAAUAUGACGACCCGUACAUAAGCUUAAGCGAUAUUGACAGACAAUCAAACAUUAACCAAGAUAGACCGACUCCAAACCCUGGGAGGCAGUUCCACAAUCCUGAACAUCCUGGGAUUCCUCCGAAUUAUCCCAAUCCAAAUGAGUACCCUGUACCAGGCCGUCCAGGGUAUUCUCCCGGGCCUGACUACCCAGAGUUGCCUGUUCAUCCAGCCACGAUAUAUCCACCACGCAACCCUGAGGUGCUUGGAGCGUUCCCUAGCCCUGAAGAAAUGGGGAUUCAGCUGAUGCCUGGAGAACCUGGGUAUACUGGCACGGCAGAGAUACCAGGUCCAACUCACGGUAUCAGAUGGACUCCACCUAUACCUCACUUCGGACCCACGGGCGUGACCCCCAGACCGUUACCGGGAGAGUCUCCGCGUCCCACGAGGUCCCUCCCCCCCAGCGUGCAUGGAGACCCUGAUCGACCGUUUGGAAGUCUGUUACAUCAGAACCCUAAACCAGUGACAACAACAAGAGAUCCGUUCUUCGAUGGUCUACUCCAAGAUAUGCAGAGUCAGAAGAACGGGUAUCUCACCACGUUCUUCAUAAAGCUAUUCGAAUAUGUAGCAACAAUGAAGAAGCAAUACGCCAGACUCUUAAUAGUAAGAUUGGAACCAAUUGUAAGUAGACUUCAUGGUCAGCAACAACUAAUUGCAUUCGGUGAACCGUUAACAACUAAACUCCUGCACAACACUCGCCUGAUGAACUCGGCCCCAGCAGACGUUGUUCAGAGUCAUGCAGCAACCGCACACUACGCGUUAACACACAGACGGACAUUCUUAUCGGCCGAAAUAAACGGCAUAAUAGACUACGCGGACACUCUCUAUAACGACAUGGAGGGACAAAAUUUGUUGAAGACAUUAAAGGAAGUUAAGCUGUUCCCAAAUAUAUCAAAGACUAACGUGCAACUGGCAGACGAAAUAUUUGAUGAAACACUCCUCGCUCCGUACAGAAGGAUGACGGGCACUCAUAAGAUACAAGUUCUCUUUGAUUCCAUCAACAAUGCUAUAAUAAGAAGGUUCCCUGGCAUGCGCAGGAUACGGAAAAAUAAUGGAGUCAGUACUACACUGAUGGUUCAAUCUACGUUAUUAAAUAUGUAUAAAAGAGUACCUCGCAAACACGAAAACAAAAUUCAUAAGAAAAAUAACCAUAAAAAAUUAUGGCGCUCCGGAAAUGCUUACACGUGGGUGAUAAUGUGGACCAGCUGUUAG